GCCCCGUAUCCUUUCUUUCUAUUUCCGGCCCGGUCAUGGCAGCUGGAUGCAGGAAGCAAUUGUUUUCAGAAUAGAUAUAAACAACAAGGAGCAAAAUAUAGUCUCGAAACUAACGUUACGCCGUUGUAGGGAUUUGCGGAUUUACCUUUUGAUUUCUGGCGCUGUGAAAUAUGGCUAACGUUACAACAGCUCAGUUAUUCGAGGAACCGUUUGAUGCUGAUGAGUAUAUUGAGAGACUGGCCUGGAGAACACCUGGAGGAGGUUCCAAAGGAGGUGCAGAGGCAUUUGACCCCAAAAAGUUGCUGGAAGAGUUUGUGAACCACAUUGAGGAACUAAAACAGCUGGAUGAAAGAAUUCAAAGGAAGGUGGAGAAAUUGGAGCAGCAAUGUCACCGUGAAGCCAAGGAGUUUGCCCACAAGGUCCAAGACCUGCAGAGGAGCAACCAAGUAGCCUUCCAGCACUUCCAGGAGUUGGAUGAACAUAUCAGUUAUGUGGCCACCAAGGUGUGUCAUCUGGGAGAUCAGCUAGAAGGUGUUAAUACUCCAAGACAAAGGGCAGUGGAGGCUCAGAGACUCAUGACAUACUUCAACGAGUUCCUGGAUGGAGAACUGCGCAGUGAUGUCUUCAACAAUCCUGACAAGAUAAAAGAAGCUGCAGACAUCAUUCAGAAGUUGCACCUGAUCGCUCAGGAGCUGCCGUUUGAUAGAUUUUCUGAUGUCAAGGCCAAGAUAGCAAGUAAAUAUCAUGACCUUGAGCGUCAGUUGAUCCAGGAGUUCACAGCAGCUCAGCGAAGGGGAGAGAUUGGGCGCAUGCGUGAGGUGGCAGCAGUCCUGCUGCAUUUUAAGGGUUAUGCUCACUGUGUGGAUGUCUACAUCAAGCAAUGCCAAGAGGGAGCGUACAUGCGGACUGAUGUAUUUGAAGACAUUGCAAUUCUGUGUCAGCGGGUUAACAAACAAGUUGGGGAGGUUUUCUGCAGUCCAGAGACUGUCAUGGCUAAACUCAUUCAGAGCAUCUUUGAGAAUAAGAUACAGGCUCAUGUCAAAGAAAGACUAGAUGAGACCCGCAACUCUGAUGUGGAGCAAUACCUCAAGAACCUCUAUGACCUCUAUACACGGACAACGGCACUGGCUGCUAAACUCUCAGACUUUAACUUGGGCUCAGACAAGCACACGUUUCUAUCUAAGCUGAUAAAGAAUAUAUUCUCCUGUUAUCUGGAGAGCUACAUAGACAUGGAGCGACAAUAUCUGCAAAACCGCAGUGGCAUGAUUCUUCAGCGCUAUUACGACUCUAAGAACCACCACAAACGACCUGUAGGCACUGGAAGCAUCCAGGAGCUAAAAGAGAGGAUCAGACAACGCACUAACUUGCCUCUGGGACCCAGUAUUGACACACAUGGAGAGACUUUUCUCUCACAAGAGGUUGUAGUCAACCUGCUGCAGGAAACCCGACAUGCCUUUGAGAGAUGCAACAAGUUGUCAGACCCAGCAGAUCUACCAAAAAAUGCCUUCUCCAUUUUCUUGCUUUUGGUGGAGUAUCUGUGUGUGGACCAUAUAGACUACGCCCUUGAGAUUGGGCUGUCAGCCAUCCCGUCUGCAGAUGCCAAAAAUGCCAACCUUUACUUUUUGGAUGUGGUUCAGCAGGCCAACACAAUCUUUCACCUCUUUGACAAGCAGUUUAACGAUCAUCUUAUGCCUCUUAUUAGCUCCUCUCCUAAGCUGACGGAGUGCCUGCACAAGAAGAAAGAGGUGAUCGAACAGAUGGAGGUGAAGCUGGACACCGGGAUUGAUCGGACACUAAAUUGCAUGAUAGGCCAGAUGAAGCACAUUCUGGCAACUGAACAGAAGAAAACAGACUUCAAGCCAGAAGACGAGAACAAUGUCAUGAUACAGUACACUACAGCGUGCUCAAAGGUGUGUGCCUAUGUGAGUAAGCAAGUGGAACGCGUGCGGCGGUCCAUGGAUGGUAAAAAUGUGGACACUGUAUUGACUGAGCUGGGAGUGCGGUUCCAUAGGCUGAUCCACGAGCACCUGCAGCAGUUCAGCUACAGCUCCAUGGGUGGUAUGCUAGCCAUCUGUGAUGUGGCAGAAUACCGCCGCUCAGCCAAAGAUUUCAAGGUUCCUCUUGUGCUCCAGCUCUUCGACACACUUCAUGCUCUGUGUAACCUCCUGGUUGUUGCCCCGGACAACCUCAAACAGGUGUGCUCUGGAGAGCAGCUGACCAACCUUGACAAGAACCUCCUCCACGCUUUCGUCCAACUGAGAGUAGACUAUCGCUCAGCCCGACUGGGACGGCAUUUCAGCUAAUGACUGGCAGGGCUGCCCAAUAACCGCACAGCCUACAGAACUGCCAUCCAUUCAGAGCUGCGAGAAACACAAGUGGCAAAUCUUGAGUGGCUGUUGAAUUGUCUUUGUCUAUGAUUCAGUGUGGAAAUUAAACUUUGUGUGAAACGAACAAAAGAGCAACUGUUUCCCUUCCCAACACUUCCCAGGUUGCUCAAUUUUAAGUUGCGCGUUUUGUUCUAUAUGCAGGUUUUAAUGCGAGCGUAGUGGUUUGCUCAUAUUUUGUUUAUGAUAUAGUUUUAAAAGGAUAUAUAAUGAGGGUAGAGUGCUGUUUUGUACAUUUUUCCCUGUGUCUUCGGAGUCUAACGGAGAAAGGAUGAUCAUCUCUGAUAGAUGAACUGAAAUGGGCCGCUCGAAUGAUUCUGCCACUGGACUUGGGUGGUCAAGAGACUCAUUUUUAUUUGCUUUUAUUUUGAUUGUGCCAAAUCCAUCCUCUGUGGCUCUGCUUGGAGGAAAGGGGUGGUUCUGCACGCUGCUCUGGAUCAAUGAGUUUGUCCAGCUCAUUUCACUCAGGCUCUUGUGCACACACAGGGCUUCAAAGAGAAGACAAUUGCUGUUUUGAGCUGAACAAUGCAGGUGUUAUACAAAUGUUGCCAUGCUUUGAAAGGUAAUUUUAUUCUAAAAUCAUUUCAUACUCUUAAAAAUACCAUCUUCAGUGGUCUUAAACACAUGUGCAUUAAUUUUAAGAUUCAUUUAGAGAUGUUUAAGGCUGAAUUCUGUCAAAAAACAAACAAACAAUAGAAUGGUUUCAUUUCCAUGCUGCCCUGCAACCUGCAAAGCUGACCUUUCCAAUGCUAAAAUAUAACUUCAUACAUGAACAACAGUUAUUUUGGAGAUGCAAAUGAAAAAUACUGCAUCUGUUAUAACAACCUGCUGCUUACUAAAAUUUAAGUAAAAUUUGCAUAUACUGAUUUAGCAUUAACAUAAUUAAUAAAAAAUAAAUACAUGAGGCAAGCAGCAUUGAUCGUUGUAUGAGAUUUCUAAGGGCUCAGGUCACACACUGUUGUUGUUGUUGUUUUUUUUAAGGACUGAUGAUCUGAUUCUCAAUUAGGACUUUGCUUUUUUAAUUCUGACAUCUGUAUGGAUAUUCUGAAGCUCAGUGAUUAGAAAUGUGGGUGUUACCACCAGUCACACACCAUUAAUCCAAGACACUUUCAUCUGACAGGGAUGUUGAAUGCAGUAAUGUCAUACAACUAGUUGAACUCUAACCCUUAACCUCUGAUGAAGAGGCAGGGGUCAAGAUCUUUGACCUCUAGGAAUGAUCUAGGUGUUAGAAAGGAUUAGAUGGUCUGAUUCUUGAUUCCGUUAUACUGUACUGGUUUCAAAAAUGAAUUUAUGUCAAAAUGAUGCUAUAUGAGCUGAUUCGUGUGUACAAGCUGCUCAUUAUAAUCAAUUAUUUCCAAAAAAUAAAAUGUGUGAAACAA